UACGCGCCCGUCCCUCGGCCGCGCCUCCGCCCUGUGGCGUCACUCGAGCGCGGACGCGGGGCGGUGACGCAUAUGCUUGCGCCGCGGCCGGCGGUUGCGAUGCCUGAGGCGGGAGAGAGACGGAGCCGCGCGGCGCCCAGCGCAGCUGGCUGAGAUGACGCCUCCGUUUGGCCCCUGGAGGAGCUCCGAGAUGGCCACCCCACACUUCCCACAGCCCAGUUACCUCUUGGCUAGCUUAAAGAAUGACUGCCUGAAUAAGCCUUUUGUCCAGAGAUGUCAUGAUCUUGUGACCGUUAUAGCGGAUUAUCCUGCCAAGGAGCUGCACGCCGUCUUUCCCUGGCUUGUAGAGAGCAUUUUUGGUAGCUUGGAUGGCAUAAUUUUAGGUUGGAACCUUCGUUGUUUGCAAGGAAGAACAAACCCCACUGAGUACAAUGUUGCCCUUGACUUCCUUGAUCCUGGAGGCCCAAUGAUGAAGCUGGUCUACAAGCUCCAAGCAGAGGAGUACAGAUAUGAUUUCCCUGUGUCCUACCUUCCCGGCCCAGUUAAAGCCUCAAUACAAGAACGGAUUUUGCCGGAAUGUUCUUUAUACCACAACAAAGUCCAGUUUCCUCUCUCUGGAGGCCUGAGUUUGAACUUGAAUCCAUAUGAAUAUUACAUGUUCUACUUCGCCCUGAGCCUUAUUUCACAGAGGAACAUCCCCACGACCUAUCACGUCAGCAUGUCCAACAGCGCGUACUUCAUCCUGGUGGAUCGAUACUUGAAGUGGUUCCUGCCCACCGAAGGCAGUGUCCUUCUGCCGCCUUCCUCUGAGCCUGGAGGGACUGUCCCUUCCCCCGCACCCCGAUCUCCGGCGAUGCCUUUCACCUCCUACGGGAUGCAUCCCACGAGCCUUCUGAAACGGCAUGUUGCCCAUCAGACUUUGGUGAACGCUGACCCUGCUUCCCAAGAGAUCUGGAGAUCAGAAACCUUGCUUCAGGUCUUUGUUGAAAUGUGGCUUCAUCAUUACUCCCUGGACAUGUACCAGAAAAUGCAGUCCCCUCACAUCAAGCUGGAGGUUCUCCACUACCGGCUCAGUAUAUCCAGUACCCACCACAGUAAUCCUGCCCAUUCCAGCUACCAGGCCCUCCACACGUAUCAAGAGUCAUUCAAGCCCACGGAGGAGCAAGUCUUGGUUAUCCGGCUGCUUGUGAAGCACCUGCAUGCUUUCAGCAAUAGCUUGAAACCAGAGGCCUCUUCCCCUGGAGGGCAUUCCCACGCUGCCAGUCCCCUGGAGGAAUUCAAAAGGAUUGUGAUUCCCCGGUUCGUUCAGCAGAAACUCUACAUAUUUCUGCAGCACUGCUUUGGCCAUUGGCCUCUGGAUGCCUCUUUCAGAGCCGUCCUGGAGAUGUGGUUAAGCUACUUGCAGCCUUGGAGAUACGCCCCUGAGAAACCACUGCAGAGUGCAGAGUUGCUGCCUCGCAGCGUGGCAGAAAAAUGGGCGACUUUCGUUCAGGAGAACCUGCUGAUGUACACCAAGCUUUUCGUUGGCUUUCUGAACCGAGCUCUCCGCACGGACUUGGUCAGCCCCAAGAAUGCCCUGAUGGUGUUCAGGGUGGCCAAGGUUUUCGCCCAGCCCAACCUUGCUGAAAUGAUCCAGAAAGGAGAGCAGCUCUUCCUAGAAAUAGACCUUGUCAUUCCUCACCGGCAGCACCGCCUCUUCAUGAGUCCCUCUCUUGGAGGGAGUUUCCUGUCAUCCCGGACUCCAAACAUCACAGAUGCUUCAUUUAAGGUGAAAAGCCAUGUUUACAGCCUUGAAGGACAGGACUUCCAGUACAAGCAGAUGUUUGGGCCAGAAGUCAGAAGCCUGGUGUUGCGACUGGCACGGCUCAUUGGCCAGGCCCAGCAGGCGGCUCAGUCUAUCUCGGACCAUUCCCUGGAGGCCAUGGCCAGGCCGCCCUUCCUCUCCUGGCUCCGGCUUGGAUCAGCUGACUUAAACGGCUCCUAUACAGGCAAUGACUUGGAUGAAAUUGGGCAAGACAGUAUUAAAAAGACAGACGAGUACUUGGAGAAGGCCCUGGAAUACUUAUGUCAGAUAUUUCGGUUGAAUGAAGCCCAACUGAGCCAGCUGAUGUUGAAUUGGGGGGCAGCUCAGGAAGAGAAUGGAAAGAAGCAACUUCCAGAUUGCAUUGAGAGUGAAAAUGGGCUAACUCUCACACCACUUGGCAGGUACCAGAUCAUCAAUGGUCUGCGCAGAUUUUCGUUAGAAUACCAAGGAGAUCCUGAGCUUCAGCCUAUCCGAAGUUAUGAAAGCGCCACUCUCGUGCGACUGCUUUUCCGGCUGUCUUUGGCCAUCAAUGAACGAUUUGCAGACCAAAUGGAGAGGGUCUGUGCCAGAGCAGACUUCCUUGGGCGCUUCUGCCGCUGUCAUCUCACUGACUCCUCCUUGGUAGAGAAGGCCAGGCACAGCCCACAGAGCAAGCAGAGGCUGGGGCAGGUUCAACAACCAAGAGUCAGCCUGAGAUUUCUGGGAAGCUACAGGACUCUUCUCUCUUUACUCAUGGUGUACUUCAUUGCCUCAUGGUUCUGCAUUGGUCCAGUGACCUGCACCUUCUUCAUUCUCCUUGGAUAUCUGUUUUAUGCAUUAGUCAUGACUUUCUUGUCUGAAAAGAGGAAGCCACAUCAACACUGAUAUUCAUUCAUAUUGCUAAACAGAUCUUUACCACCUGAUAAACAAGGCUGGGGCCUGUGGAAAUCAGAUUUUGGCUAAGGGUUGCAGGUUUUAUGUUUGAUCUCCCGUUUUGUUUCUGAAAUGUUUAAAUAAUCCAGUGAAACAGAUUCAUGAAUGGAAGGCUGUACUUUUAUAACCAUCAAAAUGCUAAUCUGUAAAUUCUAUUUUGAUAAAUUGACUUUUUAAAAUAA